AUGAACAACUCCACCUCGCCAGCGGUGGACUGGGGUGACGACUCUGCGGGGGAGAUGGACUCUGAGGACGCAGCGCCUUCCUCCUCCGUGGGCAUGGGCGUCGGCAUCACCAUCGGCAGCAUGAUGGAGGUCGACGCCGACGACCGCCACUGCCCGUCCGCCCCCGACGCCGACUUCUUCAACGCCUUCUCCGACGACUUCGACGACCAAGACCUCGACUGA